GAAACAUAUUCGUGCUGUAACAACACCUUAUAUAAAUACAACUGUGUGAAAAGUAUAGUUCUUUUCAUUAUAUGUAAUUUUUUUUGGGAAAAAUUAUUUGAAUAUGAUCAUUUCUUUCAAAAAUUUUAAUAAUUGUCGAUGCACUAAUGAAUCAUAAUGAGUUUUAAGGGUAAUUGGGAUACCAAAUCAAUAAAUCAUUACAAAACAGUGGAACGGAUUAGAACGCAGCUGCGUCGAGGGAAUUCGGCAUAUUUGUGUAACCAUCCAGAGAUCAGAGCUAUAAUACGUGUACUCAUUCAUGAGGUCAUUAAUGAAAAACCAGAAAAUUUUCCUCAAUUUGUUGCUAAUUUAUUUAGCUGCGCAAACACGCCCCGUUUGACGUUAAUGAUUAAUAAGCAAAUUAAAAUCGUAAAUAAAGAGCUUAAGAAAAGUCGUUAUGGCGGAUUCGAUCCCGAGGUUAUACUUAAAGAAAGAGAGUCAGCACAAUCUUUGGUGUCUAAGACAUCCAUACCUGAUAAUACCAAUUCAAUUUUAAAAUAUGCCCUUGUAUUACCUUAGAACUAAAAAUAAAAUUUAGUUAAAUUGCUUGUGUAAAUAAAAAAAAUCAAAUACCAUUAAUUAACUGA